GCAUCAGCCACCUUCAGCCCCUUCAGAAUCUGUCCCAUCAAUAUUGGUCAUCGUGGGCUUUCUCUGCACAGCCACUGCCAUUGCUGAAGUAAUGGAAGUGACUCAGCCAGCAAUGGUGCUGGCCAACAGGCAAGGGGUCGCCAGCUUGGUGUGUAAAUACAAGCACAUUGGGAAUGCAAAGGAAAUUCGAGUGACUCUGCUUAGACAGACGGGUGACCGGUUCACUGAAAUUUGUGCUUCAACAUACACAACGGAAUUUAAAAUGUUCAGUGUGGAAGAGGUCAUUCAGUGCCACGUUAGCCCUAGCCGAAACAAUGUGACCCUCACCCUCACUGGCCUGCAAGCUAAUGAUACUGGUCUUUACAUUUGCAAGAUGGAGCGGAUGUACCCUCCACCCUAUUUCAUGAACAAGGGAAAUGGGACACAUCUCUAUGUCAUUGAUCCAGAACCUUGUCCAGACACUGCCAUAUAUCUCUGGGUAUUAGGAGCUACUGCCUCAGGAUUUUUUCUUUACAGUAUCAUCACUUCAGUCAUUCUCGCGGGCAAAGUGAUAAAGAGAAGACGAUGUCUCACUACUGGGGUCUAUGUGAAAAUGCCUUCUGAAAAGCUAGAGAAAAAAGUUAUUCCAUUCCACAUCACUGUAAACUGAAACAAGGAAAGAGAGAAACCGUUUCCUAGCUGGGAUGGAGAGUCUGCUAAUUCACUUAAGUGAAAGAAAUAAAAAGAAUUGUCUUAUUACAAAGGUGUAUGGGAAGGAGAGAGAAUAUUCUUUGUAACUUCUAUGGUUUGGAGGAGAAUAAAUAGUUUAUGCAUUAAUAUUUCAAGGUUAACCCUUUCACAUAAAAAUGGCUACAUUAGGCCAUUGAUUCUUCAAGUUGUAUUGUACCAAUAUGUAGUCUAUAUAUAUACACAUAUAUAUAUGUAUAGCAUUAAGAGCUAUUGCUGUUGCAGCUGAGCAUCUUACUGUCAAAUUUCACCGUGUCUACUGACCAACUGAAAUCCAAACACUAUUACAACAGAGGCUUGUGUGUCAUUGCAAGGCUAAUCCUAUAGAUCUGGGGGCAGAGGCAGAAGAGCACACUAAUGUACAAAGGAGUGUUGACUUUUUUCCCUGCAUUGCUAUUUAUUGGUCUCAUUUCUAGCAUUAGUGCUCUGCACUUCCAGAAAGGCAUCCCCGUAGGCUGGCACUGAUGACACUGCUGCCUAAUCUCAAGCUCCUUUCACUGGCAUUGUGUCCCAGCAGUGCAGAGAUGGAGUUAACAUUGAUGAUACCUGAGCCAGUGCUGACAGCUCGGUCAGAGUGAAAGGCUGCCCAGCGGGAGCCCUAUUGGGCUGGUAGGAUGUUCCAGCUCUGCUGGGGCCUCAUGUUUUACAAAUGCUAAAUUAGCAUCUAUCCAAAAGGCAGAAGUAUGUUGCUGUGUUUAACUGAGUCUAUUUUCCAUGAAAAUACUGACAGUGUAUAAUCUUGUUUAUUAGUUAUGUACCAUUCAAUAAAAACCUUGAAGCUUUGCCCAAA